AUGCCCUCGCGACUCCGUUGGUGGAGUAGUGCCACUAAGAGGCGCCGUAUAACGACCACAACGUCAGUCAAGAUUUCUCCGGUUGCUUCUCCCACAAAGCACAGGUCUGCUUCGCCAACGACGGUGGCGAACUCCUCCCACGCGACUGCACACCAACGAUCGAGGCUCUCCCGCCAAAUACACCCGCCGGCUGUCGAAGAUGUCGACAUGGACGCAGAGGGUGAAGAGGACGCUGAAGGGGAGGAUGCCGAAGGGGAGGACGAGAGGCUCUACUGCUUCUGCCAGAAGCAAAGCUACGGCGAUAUGAUUGCCUGUGACAAUGAGGGCGAUUGCCCAUUCGAAUGGUUCCAUCUCACGUGUGUCGGCAUGAAGCAGCCGACACCAGAGAAGUGGUAUUGUUCAACCUGCGAGCCCAAGAUCAAGGCCAAACUCGCGGCGGCUGCCCAGCCCAAGACCAAGAAGGCGACGAAGAAGCGACAGUGGUGA